AUGGUACCUAUUGUAUUCGAUGAAUUAAAUGUAUUCACAUUUCCUCAUAGUCGAAUGAGAAAAUUAUUAAAUUGUUGUACUUCAAAAUUUGGUCAUACAGAUUUUACAAGUUUAAAUGAUUUUGAAGAAUUAUUAAUACGUUUACAAGGAAUAUUUACAGAAUUUAUGGCACAUGAAGAAAUUGAAAAUCAUUUAGUUAUGAAAAAAUUAAAGAAAAAAUUAAAACAAAAUUCUCCAAUUGAUGAUACACAACUUAUUUGUAAUUGUCAUACAAUUGAUCGUUUUACACCAUUAAUGACUUUAUUUCGUGAUGGUUAUGCAUUUAUAAGACGAGGAAAUGCUGAUAGAAUGUCUUAUGGUGUUAAAUUACAUAAAGCCAUGAGCAAUUUUUAUCAAGAUUUUGUACCACAUAUGAAUGAAGAAGAAAAUGAUAUUCAACCAUUGCUUUCAAAAUAUUUUACAGAAAUCGAAAUAAAAAUGAUGCGAACUCAAGUUAUUAAAAUGACUUUACAAAAACGAGAAAAUUCAACAAUUAAUCUUAUUUAUCAAAUUGAACGACCAUUAAAAAUUUAUGUUAUAUCAUAUGAAAGAUUUACAUCGAUUAAUAAUUUAUCUAAUAAUACAUUACAAUUUAUAAUGAAAUAUUUAAAUGAUCGACAAUUAAAACAAUCAUGUCUUAGAGUUAAUAAACAAUGGAAUCAAUGUGCAUUAAAAGUUCUUAGAAAUCGUUCACCAAUAUCACAAAUACCUGAAGAAAUAUUAUUACGUUUAUUUAAAUAUUAUUUAAAUCCAUAUGAUUUAUUUAAUUCAUGUAUUCAUGUUAAUAAACAUUGGAAAUAUAUUAUUAAAGAUAAAACUAUUUGGAAUAUUGUUAAUCCUAUUAAUUGGGCAAGAGGUCAAUUCGAUUCAAAUAUUCCAUUUGAAGAAACAAAUAUAGAUCAACAUCAUUAUGAUUUAUGUGCACGAAAAAUUUUUGAUUCAUGUCCAAAUUUAAAACAUCUCAAUAUUGGAAUGACUAAAUUAACAUCAAAAGCAUUUAUACAUUUUCGAUGGAUAAAUUCAUUAGAAAGUUUAAUAUUAGAAGGAUGUGAAUUAAUUGAUGAUUAUUUAUUUGUUAAUAUAAUAUCAUCAUUAAUAUUAACAGAAAAAAAUGAAAAUAUUAUUAUUGAAGAUACACAUCAAUGUUCAUUUGAAGAAAGAUCUUCUUAUAUUAAUUGUUCAAAUCGUUUAUUAUUAUGUCAACAAUGUUUUUCUUUAUCAAAAAAUUUAUUAAAAAAAUUUAAAUUAAAAAUUCUUAAUUUAUCUGGGUGUUAUAAAAUAACUGAUUAUGGUUUAAAUUUAUUAAUAAAUAAUGGUAUAAAUGAAUAUUUAACAUAUAUUGAUUUAUCUGGUUGUAUUCGAAUAAGUUCUGAUUGUUUAUUAUUAUUAUUAAGUUCAUCAAGAAAUUUAAUAGCAGAAAAUAUUUAUUUUUGUGAUAAUAUAUCAUUAUCAUUAUUAUCAACAGCUAAUUGUUGUAGAAAUGUUGAAAAUCAUUGUGGACGUUAUUGUUGUCGUUCAACAUAUUCAUAUUGA